GAGAGAGAGUCUGCAGCAUCCUCCUCUCAUUUCUCUCCUCUCCUCAUCCCUAUUGGCUUUUCCCUUCUUGCAGGCGUAGCUCGCCCCCCCUCUCGCGCCUCGAACGAUGCUGCUACCUGGCAAAGGGCGGAAAACCCCCACGAGCGCGCGCGCCUCUCCAUGACAGCGCCGCGGCAAGCAUGGUGCAGAAAUCCCGCAACGGUGGGGUGUACCCCGGACCGCAGGCCGAGAAGAAGCUGAAGGUGGGCUUCGUGGGUCUCGAGGCGGGCGCGGCGGACUCGAGCCGAGACGGAGCGCUGCUGAUCGCGGGCAGCGAGGCGAACAAGCGCGGCAGCAUCCUGAGCAAACAGCGCUCCAGCAUCUCGGGCAAGAAGCCCCCCAAACGCAAUGCCUUCUACCGCCGCCUGCAGAAUUUCCUCUACAAUGUGCUGGAGAGACCGCGAGGCUGGGCGUUCAUCUACCACGCUUAUGUUUUCUUGCUGGUCUUCUCCUGUCUGGUCCUGUCAGUCUUCUCAACCAUCAAGGAAUAUGAGCAAAGCUCUGAGGAUGCCUUGUACAUAUUGGAAAUUGUGACGAUCGUGGUGUUUGGUGUUGAAUAUAUUGUAAGAAUAUGGUCGGCAGGAUGUUGUUGUCGGUACAGGGGAUGGAGAGGCAGGCUGAAAUUUGCUCGCAAACCGUUUUGUGUAAUAGACAUCAUGGUGCUAAUAGCCUCCAUAUCGGUGUUGGCGGCUGGCACGCAGGGGAAUGUCUUCGCCACCUCAGCCAUCAGGAGUCUUCGGUUCCUCCAGAUUCUCCGCAUGAUCCGUAUGGACCGGCGAGGAGGAACCUGGAAGCUCCUGGGAUCUGUUGUCUACGCCCACAGCAAGGAACUGAUCACAGCUUGGUACAUUGGAUUCCUGUGUCUGAUCCUGGCUUCGUUCCUUGUGUAUCUGGCUGAGAAGGAAGACAACGAGAUGUUUGAGACCUAUGCUGAUGCACUAUGGUGGGGCCUGAUCACUCUGACGACCAUAGGAUAUGGAGAUAAGUAUCCAAUAACGUGGAAUGGGCGUCUUCUAGCAGCGACCUUCACCCUUAUUGGAGUGUCCUUCUUCGCCUUGCCUGCUGGAAUCUUGGGCUCUGGUUUUGCCUUGAAAGUCCAGGAGCAGCAUCGACAGAAACACUUUGAGAAACGUCGGAACCCAGCUGCCGGACUAAUUCAGGCGGCCUGGAGGGUUUACGCCACCAACCUCUCUCGCACAGACCUGCAGUCUACCUGGGACUACUAUGAGAGGACUGUAUCGGUCCCUAUGUACAGACUCAUUCCUCCACUUAACCAGCUUGAUCUACUUAGGAACCUGAAGAGUAAAUCUGGCCUCUCCUUCAGGAAAGAAGCUCAACCAGAGCCCUCUCCCAGUCAGAAGGUCAGUCUGAAAGAGCGGGUGUUCUCCAGCCCCAGAAGUUCAGGCAACAAGGGGAAGGGUUCACCUCAGAGCCAGCAGCCGCUGAGGCGUUCGCCCAGUGCAGAUAACAGCAUCGAAGACAGUCCUUCCAAAGUGCCCAAGAGCCUCAGCUUCGGCGACCGCAGCCGAGCUAGACAAGCAUUCCGCUUUAAAGGUGCAGCAUCACGCCAGAACUCAGAAGUGCUGAUUGAGAUGCAGGCAGAAGAUUUGAGGCAGAAGAGCUCCCCAGAAGCCAGUCUGCCUGGAGAAGACAUUGUUGAUGACAAUAAGAGCUGCCAUUGUGAAUUUGUGCCACAAGAUUUAACGCCAGGAAUCAAAGUUACCAUCAGGGCUGUGUGCAUUAUGAGGUUUAUGGUGUCAAAGCGAAAGUUUAAGGAGAGUCUGCGGCCGUACGAUGUGAUGGAUGUUAUUGAACAGUACUCAGCUGGACACCUGGACAUGUUGGCCAGGAUUAAAAACCUGCAGUCCAGGAUAGAUAUGAUAUUGGGUCCCCCGGGUCCCACCACUCCCCGCCAUAAGAAGUAUUCAACCAAGGGAAGCAAAGAGUCGCCCCAGUUCUCACCUAGAGUGGACCAGAUUGUGGGUAGAGGCGCUCAAAUCACAGACAAGGACCGCCCCAAAAGCUCCACUGAAGCAGAGAUCGUGGAGGACCCCAGCAUGAUGGGAAGACUUGUGAAAGUAGAGAAACAGGUAAUGUCAAUGGAAAGGAAACUGGACUUCCUCGUGAACAUCUACAUUCAGAGAAUGGGAAUCCCGCAGUCUGAGACCGACGCCUACUUUGCGUCCAAGGAGCCUGAUCCGGCCCCUCCCUACCACAGCCCUGUCGACCACAUGGAGAAGACUGGCUCCAUUACUAAAAUCAUCCGUUCCAACAGCUCGGCGGGCCAGAAGAACUUUGACCCGCCUCCCUCUACUUGCGUCAACCAGACCCACUGCCACCCGUCCACCUCCUGGCAUCCCCACACCCUCCCUGAACCUCCUCAGCGCAGCCAGGGCACCUCCCCUGUGGGUGACCCUUCUUUGGUGCGUAUCCCGCCUCCACCCGCACACGAGCGUUCCUCUGGCGGACAUAACGGUGGGUCACGAGGUGCUGGACAGCACCACGCUCGUGGGAGUGGGCCGGAGGACGGGAAGGCGGGAGGACUGUCUCAACAGCAGGCAGGUGCUGAGAGUGACACCUCCAUAUCCAUCCCCUCAGUGGAUCACGAGGAGCUGGAGCGUUCCUUCAGCGGGUUCAGCAUCUCCCAGUCGAAGGAGAAUUUGGACUUUCUCAACAACGCCUACUUUAGCGGUGUGGCACGAAGCUCUAAAGUGAGACCCUAUAUUGCGGAGGGCGAAUCUGAUACAGACUCUGACCUCUGUGCCCCUUCGCCUCACUCCGCCACUGGAGAAGGAGCUUAUGGGGACAGGGGCUGGACUGGCACCAAGUAACUGCUGAAGAAAGCUUUCUAAGCUGGAUUCACUAAUGGUGGUGGCAGCGUCCGAAGCCAAACACAAUGGGAAACAUGGCGAAAAGCUGUAUGUGUCGUCUUUAAAACCAGUGCUACGUUUUACAGAUGCAGCUUCAGUGUCAGUACCAGGAUCUUGUGGACUAAGGAACGUUUUGGUACUUAGCCAUUUCCUGGAUCACCUGGAAAGGUGCCACCAGUAAUUUCUUCUUUUAAAAGACAAAGUGUCUGUUCACCGGUCAUCUUUUAUCUCUCCUAAAUAAAAAAAAAAGAA